GCGAGAGGCGGGGCUGGCAGGGCUGUGCGGCGGCCUUGCGGCGCCGUCCGCCGUGGCCGCCGAGGCCGAGCAGCCGCUGGCGGGCGGCGACCUGUCCUAUCCAGACUGGCUGUUCGGGGAGUGGAAGGCGGUCUCGGAGCUGACGGAGGUGGAGACCCCCCAGGGGGACGAGCUCGCCCCCGUCGCCGCCAUCCGUGCGCGGGACAGGGUCGGCUCGCGGGAGGCCGUGGCGAGCUACACGAAGAGGUACGUGGCGCAGUUGGGCAAAGUGGUCAACGACAGGGUGCUGCCCUCACAGGCGCUGCUGGACUGCCUCGGGUGCCCAGGGAGCGCCGAGUCGGUGCAGUGGGGCGGCGCGACGGACCUCGAUCCCGACGUCACCCUCAUCAAGUUCAAGCGCGGCGGCCUCACCGUGACGGUCAACCUGCGCUCCGUACUGAAGGCGGGCGCGCAGCCCGAGGGGCGCACGGAUCUCUUCAACGUCAGCGAGCUGUUCCUGGCCGCCACGGAGGCGCCGCCAGAGGUGGUGCCCGUGCGUGAGGUGCGGAAGUUCAAGCGCGUGGGGUCGGGCUCGGACUCGCCGGGCGUGCAGGAGCUGCUGCGGCUGGAGGUGUUCCCCGCGCUGGCCGCGGACGCGGGCUCCAGCGUCGCGGGGGACGUGGGCCAGCCCGUGGCGGUCCUCAAGUACAAGGCCCUGCUGGUGCCGGCGUGA